UAUGACCCUUAAGAUUCCUAAACCCAAAAACUUGUACGAUUCUUGUCGUUCGUAGUUUCCCAGUUCCACAGCGUUCCGCGAAACAAACCAGAGACCAAGAAAGAGUGCUUACCUGAAAUUGAAUUCAAUGGCGACGAGAAAUCGAACAAUAGAAUUUAGAAAACACAGAGACGCCGUGAAGAGCGUGCGCGCUCCUCUAUCCUCCUCGGCAUCUGCCUCCACCGGCCCCGUCAUCGAAAUGGUUACCACUUCGCUUCUUCCUCCCAAUCGAUCCUCCUCCUAUGCUCUUCUAAGCACACAGGAACCUGCUCCAUCCACUUCUAGGGAUGCGUUUACUGUGGGGUUGCCGCCAUCUUGGGUGGAUGAUUCUGAAGAAAUAGCUACGAACAUACAACGUGCUAGGGUUAAAAUUUCUGAGUUAACCAAAGCUCAUGCGAAGGCUUUGAUGCCAUCCUUUGGGGAUGGCAAAGAGGAUCAGCGUCAUAUUGAGACUCUCACCCAGGAAAUUACGUCUCUCCUCAGAAAGUCUGAAGUGAGGCUCAGAAGACUUUCUGCUGCUGCUGGAUCUUCUGAGGAUUCUAAUGUUAGGAAAAAUGUGCAGCGUUCCCUUGCUACAGAUCUUCAGAACCUGUCAAUGGAUCUCCGGCGAAAACAGUCAGCAUAUUUGAAACGUUUGCAGCAGCAACAAGAGGGUUAUGAUGGGAUUGACUUGGAGAUGAGCUUUACUGGGAGCAAAUUUGGAUCGCAAAAUGAUGAAUUCAGUGAUGUGGGUUUUAGUGAAGAGCAAAUGACAAAGCUAAAGAGAAGUGAGCAGUUCUCAGAGGAAAGGGAAAGAGAGAUUGAACAGGUUGUCAAAUCAGUCCAUGAGCUUGCUCAAAUCAUGAAGGAUCUCUCUGUCCUUGUGAUAGACCAGGGAACAAUUGUGGAUAGAAUUGACUACAACAUUCAGAGUGUUUCUACAUCCGUUGAAGAGGGUCUUAAGCAGUUGCAAAAGGCAGAGAGAACACAGAAAAAAGGAGGGAUGGUUAUGUGUGCAACAACACUUGUUAUAAUGUGCUUUGUCAUGCUAGUUCUCUUGAUACUCAAGGAGAUCCUCUUCUAGUCAUUACUUUACUGAGCACUUUACUGGCCGGCAUCAUGUUGAUUCUUCCGUUCGAUGUGAAUCAAAUUGUAUUCUGUAUAAAGAAGACUAGUAUCAUUGGCACUAUGAUAAUGCACUUCAGGUAUGGGGAUUUGCUUUUGAAGUUCCUUUGGCUAAAAUGAUUGGCUCCUUAUUGAGAGGCAAAUUGGGGAUGGCACUGUACAGCAUCCCUUCGUGCAAACAUUGGUAUUAGUUUUAACAAAUCCUGUAAAGAGGGGAUUUUCAGAAAGUUCAUCUCGCACUGGCCAAUUUUUUAAGAAAAAAAAGAAAGUAGUGUAGACUUAAUUUCGUGUUCAAAGAUAGAUCCUGUAUAAAGACGAAGACGAAGUAGAAGGGCAACUUGUUGUAUACAUCCCAAGAGUCAUCAAACAUGUUGAUAUUUUGUAAAACUGUUUUUUCUUUUUCUAUUUACCACUUUACAUGAAAGCACGUUUUCUACCAUUGUUUAUAUUCCGCUACUAGGAGAGAAAAAAAAAAAUCAAAGUUAUAGUGUGAUUCAGCCUUA